CUCUGGUGACGUCACCCAGGAAAGUACACAUUCUCACCGUGCUGCUGCAUUGAACCGAAAACAACCGGACAGUACGCAGUUUUACCGAAACACAGCUCAUGACACUUUCAUAGAAAGACGACCCUGGGUGACAAAAAUGGAGAAACCUCCCUUCAGGCAGAACCAGAACUGCGGAAACUGGGAGCUGAAAGAGAGGCUGGGAAUGGGCGGUUUUGCCCAUGUUUACCUGUACCAACAUCAUGAAACAAAUGAAAAACUAGCUGUGAAAAUGUGCCGUCUGGAGCUCACACCAAGGAACAAGGACAGAUGGAGCAGAGAAAUCCAGAUCAUGAAAAAGCUGAAUAACAUCAAUGUCGUAACAGCCCGAGAUGUCCCGGAGGAAAUGAGGCACAUAGCCUUAAAUGACCUUCCACUCUUGGCCAUGGAGUACUGCUCCAGGGGAGACCUAAGGAAGUUGCUGAGCAAACCUGAAAACUGCUGCGGGUUGAAAGAGAGUGAAGUGCUUUCAUUACUCAAUGAUGUUGGAUCUGGUAUCCAGUAUCUGCACGAAAACAAGAUCAUACACAGAGACCUUAAACCUGAAAACAUAGUGCUGCAAGAUAUCAACGGAAAGCUGGUUCACAAAAUCAUUGACUUGGGCUACGCUAAAGACCUGGACCAGGGCAGUCUGUGUACCUCCUUCGUUGGCACACUUCAGUACCUGGCACCUGAACUGUUUGAGAAUAAGCCAUACACUGUAACGGUGGACUUCUGGAGCUUUGGCACCAUGGUAUUUGAAUGCAGUUGUGGCUUCCGCCCAUUCCUGCACAACCUGCAGCCUGUACAGUGGGCCAGCAAAGUGAGGAAUAAAGGUCCAAAAGACAUCAUGGCUGUAGAGGAACCUAACGGGGAAGUCCGCUUCUCCACACACCUCCCCUACCCCAACAAUCUGAGCAGCACACUGCUGGAGCCGUUGGAAUCUCUGCUGCAGCUCAUGUUAAAGUGGGAUCCUGUCCAGCGAGGAGGCAAACUCAACCCUGACAGCAGGCAGCCCUCCUGCUUUAAUGUGCUGGAGCAGAUACUGAGUAUGAAGGUUGUCCACAUCCUGAACAUGACCACAGCUCAGGUCCACUCCUUCCAGCUGACUCCAGAGGAAAGUCUCCACAGUCUGCAGAUGCGCAUCGAGGCCGAGACAAAGAUCGAGGUGGUGAACCAGGAGCUGCUGCAGGAGACGGGGGUGUCCCUGGACCCCAGGAAGCCUGCUGCACAGUGUGUCCUGGAUGGAGUGAGAGGCUGGGAUAGCUACAUCGUCUACCUGUUUGACAAGAGCAUCACCAAGUACUCCGGGCCCCUUAGCGCCAGACAACUGCCGGAUAAAGUCAACACUAUAGUGCAAGAGGCAAAGACCCAGCUGCCUCUGGUGGUGUUGAAGAAGGUUUGGGGAGAAGCAGUGAGCUACAUCUGUGGGCUGAAGGAUGACUACAGCAGGCUUUUCCAAGGACAGAGGGCUGCCAUGCUGAGUCUCCUGCGCUACAACACCAACCUGACCCGGUGUAAGAACAGCAUGUUCGGCUUCUCUCAGCAGCUGAAGGCCAAGCUGGACUUCUUCAAGAGCAGCAUCCAGUACGACCUGGAGAAAUACAGCGAUCAGAUGCACUACGGCAUUUCCUCUGAAAAAAUGCUGAAGGCCUGGCAGGAGAACGAGGAACGAGCUGCGGCUUUUGCACAGGUGGCGGAGGUGAGCCAUCUGGACGAUGAGAUCAUGGCUCUGCACUCGGAGAUAGUGGAGCUUCAGAGGAGUCCGUACGCUCGGCGCCAAGGAGACAAGAUGGAGCAGCUAGAAGAAAAGGCGAUUGAGCUCUACAAGCAAAUGAAGAUGAAAUGCAAAAUACCUGAGACAGAUGUGAGCAGCGACAGCUCUGAGAUGGUGAAGGCCAUCAUUCAGACGGUGCAGAACCAAGACAAGGUCCUCAAAGAUCUGUACACACACCUCAGUAAGAUCCUGAUCAGCAAACAGAAGAUCAUUGACUUGUUUCCACGAAUUGAGAAAACCCUGGAGAGCAUCAAGGACGCCGACAACACAGUGAUGCAGAUGCAGAUCAAGAGACAAAGAGAGUUCUGGCAUUUACUGAAGAUCGCCUGCGACCGAGACUGGAGCUGGACUCAAUACGAAACUUUAACAACAAAAUUAAAAAAGAGAAAUGCGUAAGCGUUUAGUCGCGUCCUCCCACCCCGCCUGUGCUCCGUGUUACACUACAGACUGUAAGCUGCUAACACCGAGCAGACAAGAGAAAAAAACAACAUUGUACAGUUGUACAUGGACUCAGGACUACUGUCUUUAAAAAAACUCUCCAGACGGAUCCCGCUCAUGCUCGGUCCGUCCACUUCGUCGUCUCUUUGGUGGAUUCAUGUUUUUAUAUGAGAAAAAACAAUGAAGCCGUGUCCUCUACUGUUUUCUUUUGCUGCACAAUACACAUCAUAAUAAAUAAAACAUCUGAAAUACAUUGUUACUGUCAUGCAAAAAAAAGCAAACUGUAGCACCGGAUUUGAGGAUUUUGAGGAGGAUCUAUUACAUGAGAGUACUGGACAGAAAACAUGGGAGCGAGUUCAAUAGUGUGCCGGAAAACACAGGUCGCAGUGGGGGGGGGGGGGGGGGUGUCGAGGAGGAAAUUACAAUCAAGCUAACAGCACUUUGAUACUCCCAUGUAUCCUCUCGGCAAAGAGGUGACACGUUUCCAGGCUGCCAAGAAAGAUUUACAAACAGUUAAACUGUUAUUAAUGUCGCUCAUAAUCAGAUAUAUUUGACUGUACACAGUCUGGGGUUUAGACUCUGUAAAUGUUAUUUUGAGUAUUAUUUGUAAAUGUUCUGUAUCAUAGGCAGAAGUCUUUUGUCAUGAUAUAUGUGACAGACGUGGCUGGCCAUCAUGUGUAUACACUGUCCAUACUGUACAUGUCUUUUGAAUUGUCUGCCAGAGAAGUGUCAUGUCUCAAUUAUGUGCACAUUUUAUUUCACUAGGUUAUAAUGCUGCGUUCAGGGCACAGCUACAAAUGUUUAGUUUCCAUGGAAAUGUAGUGCAGAGUUGAAACAAAUCUCAAUCAAAUCUGUAAAAGGCAAAUGCUACUUAAAGCGUUUAGAAAGAGCAAAACACCGCCAAGUUCAUAACACCGCCAAGUUCAUAACACCGCCAAGUUCAUUGUCAUAAAUAAUAUUUGGAUGUUUUAUGUUAAUAUUUUUCAAAAUGUUCAGUGUUUCCAAUCAGGUUGGCACAAAUGAAACAAUGGGACAGAAAUAAACUUCAAAGAAGGAUUAAAUACUAUAUAAAUACAAUCUCCAAUGUGAGGAUUUGUAGCUUCAUGUUUUACAGAAAAAUAAAUAUCUUUAAGUGGCUUCAGUCACUUCAAAAUAAGUAAUUAUUAGAAAAAACUAUAAGGAGCAUAUUUUAAUAUCUUCUGACAUCUGACAAAAAAAGUAUGAAUUUGUCAUUCAGUAAAGUAAACAGCAGUUGACACUUAUAACUAGUCAAUGGGACUACUUUCAGAUGAAUGUAUUAUCAUUUGACUGUAUAACAUUUCAAAAAGACAUUCGGGUAGGUCCAUUUGGCAUUUAUUGCUUGAAAACUCACUGAAUAAACGAAUGCUUUUAACUCUGGGCUGGACUAUUUUAUCUAUGACAUGAACGCGGCGUUAUACAAUAAGGUGUGACACCGUAUGGAUUCCAUAGAACAAUGGAGAUAAGUCGACCUUUGACCCACAGUGAGAUCAGUGUGAGUGAUUGGAGCCCGGAUGGUUAAUAGUUGAAUGUACUGCAGUUCCAGUCAGGUGGUAACUUCGGGCUAGAGACAAGUAAACCCUCUGAGUUGUAUUUAUGAUGUGGAUAAAUAUAUUUUCUUGGUAUUUAAGUAACUAAAUUCUUCAAUUAUUUUUCCAUUUAAGUAUUUGUUUCCAUCUGUCUUUAAAUGUUUAAUUUUUUGAAAUGUCAUUGUACAAAGAUCAAAUGUUUGCCUGGUAAUAAAAUACAAUGACUUUGGCAUGAAUCU